AGGCAUUCAACUAACGGUCACCCAACUACCAUUCCGAGAAAAGAAGAAGAAUACGCGAGAGAAUUUCCAAUUGCUCCUUCAUUCCAAAAGUUUAAGCUUUUCUUAUUUCUUUGAUCGGAGUUGUAUUCCUCUAUCUAUUAUUAUAUAUUACUUGUCUGCUUUUCAGGCUGGUUCUUAGACAACAUUUACGAAACCUAGUGUUUUCGCUAUGGAAGAACCAGAACAUGGUGGCCAAGGUGGGCCUGCGCCUUCUUCAUCUUAUGCUACAACUUCUACCGAUGGUCCAUCUUCUUCUUCGCCGUCUACUUCUCAGCUUCAAGAAGAAGAAGUAGCAGUCGAAAAUGAACGGCUCGAGAAUGGAGACAAUCUCCAUCAUCACCACUACCACCACCACCAUGUCCUUCUCAACCGUCACCAACAAUGGCGACAACAACAGCCUUCUAAUUUUCCCUACCACCUGAACAUAUUGAUAUCUGAUGUGGCGUCUACGGAGAUGAAAGAGACUUUGUGGUCUUACCUUGUUCUGCUCGUCACGUUUUGGUUCCUCGCAUCCAUGACUAUGAUUCUUGGUUUUUAUGGAGCUGUGAAUACGCAAUUGGGACCAAAUUGCUCACGCUUAAUACAAGCUAACCCAUUCUUUGUGCAGUCUAUUAAGGCAGAGGAAGUCAAUGAGCAAAAACCAGGGCCAGCGUUAUACGGGUUUUCUAAACCUCCACCCCUGGAUGUCGAGACCACCUGGAAUGAAACACAUAAUGCAUUUGUACCCGCCAAUUUCCACAAGGAGUGGAUAUACUUCCUAAACAAAGGAUCUAGAGUGGAUAUCUCAUACAAUGUAAAAUCUCCAACUCCCUCACCUUUAUCCCUUGUGAUUGCACAAGGUAGAGAAAGCCUUGUUGAGUGGAUAGAAGACCCGUCAUAUCAUGACACAACUUUUUCUUGGAAUAUCAUUUAUGGGAGUGGUAAGAUCCAAUUGAAGAUUCCGGAGUCCUCCAACUACUACAUUGCAGUGGGGAACUUGCACUCUGAGGAGGUUGAGGUAGAAUUGAAGUUGACCAUAAGCGCUUUCCUCUAUAACACAACUCAAGCAUAUUAUAAGUGCUCCCUGGGUAGCCAUUUUUGUAGUUUGAAGCUUGUUCUUCUAGGAGUAAAUGUUGCUGUCUUAACUUCUCCACAUCUUAAAGAGGAUGCUGAUAAUGGCUGGUAUGUCAAACUGUCUUAUGGACCUAGGUGGAUCACAUAUUUUGUUGGAUCAGGUAUAAUGACUGUCCUAAUCUUACUCGCCUUCAGAUUCUUCAAAAUAUUCCAAACAACAGAUGAAAAUGUUACAGGAUUUCAAGCAGGGGAGCUGAGACCUGAACGAGCCCCAUUACUUUUGCAUAUAGACGAUGAUAUUUCAAGUUGGGGUUCAUCUUGUGAUUCUAUUUCACAAGAUGGGGAAAAUUCGGAGGACCAGCCCACAGUGAGUGGUAUUGAAGGAGAGCAAAUAACAGAAAAGGAUAACGUCAACAAUCCCCAGCAUCUUUGUGUCAUUUGUGCCGAUACCCCCAAAAACUGCUUCUUUCUUCCAUGUGGGCACUGCACUGCCUGUUUUACAUGUGGAACAAGGAUUGCAGAAGAGGCUGGUAUUUGUCCCAUAUGCCAAAGGAAGAUGAAGAAAGUGAGGAAGAUUUUUUCAGUUUGAUAUACGUGCAUGAGUAAAUAUUAUGGAGGGACUAUAUACUUGUACAAAGUAACAAUUAAAUCAGGCUUGUAAUUUUCUCGUUUUUAGAAAAUGAGUCUCUUAGGUUUCAGAACAGGUUGACUAGACAACUUUGCAUUGUUUGUCAUCCCUGUGGGACCUCUUUUGUCAAGCUGCAAAUAUUCUCGUACACUUUUCAGUUAUGGCUUUCUAUGUGCAGCAUUGUACUUUGCUUUGAUUCAAGAUAUGUGACUAUUUGCAUCAAAAGUGUUCAUAAACAGAAGUUGUUUCAAGUGAUCGAGAAGCUUCAUGUA